AUGGAAAAUUCUUCUACUGAAAUUAUUUUUUUCCUCAGUGGUUUGAAUGACACAAGACGAAACAAAUUGAUUUAUUUUUUCUGUUCCUUCUUCAUCUACUUGUUCACAAUUUUUGUGAAUAUGACUCUGGUUGUGACUGUUAUGCUGGACAGAGUUCUGCAUGAGCCCAUGUACAUCUUCCUCUGUAAUCUGUGUGUCAAUGGGAUUUAUGGUGCUACAGGUUUCUACCCCAAGAUUCUGCUGGACCUCUUGUCAGAUUCACAUAUUAUCUCAUACAAUGCAUGUGUAACUCAAAUUUUCGUGGUCUACUCUUUUAUUCUAUGUGAGCUCGCCAAUCUGACAGUGAUGGCUUAUGACAGGUAUGUUGCAAUAUGUAAACCCUUGGAGUAUCACCCCAUUAUGACCACAGGGAAGGUAGGGAAAUUACUCCUGGUACCCUGGCUGUUAUCUUUUGUGGAGAUUUUAAUUGCAGUUCUUCUAAUGGUCAGGCUACCUUUGUGUGGGUCCAAGAUAAAUAAGCUUUAUUGUUCAAACUGGGAUGUGGUGAAGCUCUCCUGUGUAGACACCAGCAUGAAUAAUUUCUAUGGAUAUGUAAUGGCUGUUACUCAUUUUAUCCAAGUACUGUUGAUUGUAAUCUCCUACUUCCACAUCGUCAGGACAUGUGUGGGAUCAAAAGCAGAGCAGAACAAGUUCAUGGAGACCUGUCUACCUCAUAUAAUCACUUUGGCAAGCUUCUCGCUGACUGCUACAAUUGAUAUACGGUUCAUUUCCAACGGAAACCUACAGGCUCUCAGUAAUGUCCUCUCUGUAGAGUUCCUCGUGACUCCUCCCCUGCUGAACCCCCUCAUUUACGGCUUCAAGCUGAAGCAGAUUCGUCGCAGUGUCUGGAGGCUGCUCAGCAGGAAAGUCAGUGCACUGACAUAG